AUGCCGUCAUAUGGUGGGUGUUCACUAGGACUGUGUGCAGUUGUGUUUGUGUUCAUCAGAACUGGAUCCAGUACAGAACAGAUGAAUCUGGCAGCUUUGAUUCGUAGCGUCUCUUCAGGAACAUCAUUGAGAGAUCAGCACACGUUAGACCUGCAAACUCAAGACGAAAAUGACAGAGCCGGUCCUGUUGGGCCCAAACUGAUCACCAAAGAUGGAACCAUUGAGGGUGUGAUGGUGGAUAAGUGUUAUUUUUAUGGGAUACAAUUUGCGGAUCCACCCGUGAGUGCGUACCGCUGGAAACCCCCCCGCCGGGUCACCUGCAUCGGACCCCUUUCUGAAGAAUGUCAGAAGAAGGUAAGCGAGGAUUGUUUGUACCUGAACGUCUUUGUUCCACUAAGUGUAAAAUUCACGACUCCACUGCUCAAACUUCUGCCGGUCAUGGUUUGGAUCCACGGUGGUGACUUCAUCGCAGGCUCCGCCUCCAAAGCGCUUUAUGAUUCUCGACACAUCAGUAACUUCACACACACUGUGGUUGUGAGCGUGGCCUAUCGCCUGGGGGCUUUUGGGUUUCUGGUGUCAGGGAAGAACCCAAAGACAUCAGCGGUGGGAAAUUAUGGGAUUCUGGAUCAGCAGGCGGCUUUGAUCUGGGUUCAGAAGAACAUUGCAGCUGUUGGAGGUGACCCAAACAGAGUGACAAUUUUUGGAGAGAGUGCAGGAGCUCAGUCGGUCAGUCUCCAUCUGAUGAUUGAUGAUCUUCAAACAGGCUCGAAGCUGGUGAACCCGUUUCGCUUUCUGGAGGUGUUUGAAAUCUGGGGGCCGUAUAUGGAUGGAGAGCUGAUCCAGGAGCAGUCGGUGAUGGCCUUUCAGAAGGGACACUGGCAGAAGGAGAAAAAAGUUCUGCUAGGGACGACCUCAGAGGAAGGUAUCAUCUUUGUGUAUGGUGUCUUUACUAAGCCCGUGUCACCGCUUGAGUGCACUAUCUACACAACAGCCAUAUUUAAACAGCACGCCAUCAAAAUCCUGCACAAAUAUUUGCCUCUCUAUGAAGACACAGACCGCAGGGACAUGCUUGCACAGAUUGUUACAGAUUACAUCUUUCUGUGCCCGUCCCGUAAAUCGGCCCGUGCUGGAGUACUGUCUGGAAGUUCAGUGUGGAUGUACGUGUUUGAUCACGUAUCCAGCGACCCUCGCGUGUGGUCCGGUUUGACGUUCUGUUAUCAACACGUGUGUCACGGUGCCGAGCUGCCCUUUUUGUUUGACUCAGCUCCUGUGGCGAAUUUCACUUUCACUCAAGCUGAACGUCUGCUGUCCAACCGCAUGCUGUGUCACUGGGGCUCUUUUGCCCAUGCGGGUGACCCCGGGUCACAUACUGACAUGAGCCCGUUCUGUCAGCAGCAACGCUCCCCGUCAUGGCCGCGCUAUGAGCCCAACAGCGGCUGGCUUGUUAUGAAGCUCACGGUACAUUCACAUGCACAAGCAGGAUCACCAAACGACAUCUGUGACUUCUGGGAUGAACUUGGGAUCUACCCAUGA